GAGUUCAAGACUGCAGAAUCAUUGAAGAAGAGUCCCUGCUGGGAGUAGGUGGCAAAAGGCGGGCGGGUAGUUCAGCCUCGAUAAAUCCGCUCACUUACCUACACUAGAAAAAGGAAGAGCGUCUUCCACCUUUUCUGCAACUGCAAGCGGUGGCGAGGGUGGCAAUUUUCAGAUCCAUCCAAGCUAUCUCCCAUUGCUUUCUGUAUCAUCCACUUCAACCAAAACACACUGGGAGAAGGUGAAGCUCGAGAUUGAAGUUCUAAAUUUGCUUUCGUUUUGAUUUCUGAUUCCUAGAUAGUUCAUGCAUAUGCGUUUCGUCUCGUUCUGAUAUAUUGAAUUGAACUGGGAAGUAAGGAAAUCAUGUUCUCCGUUAGACCCAUUUUCCGGGCACACCAAAGGCCCUUCUUUUCUCUGUUGCUCCAUUCUUCCUAUACUUCCUCUGCCGCUGCAAUUCAGGCUGAGAGGACUAUCAGAGAAGGCUCCAGAAACGAUUGGACACGAGAGGAAGUAAAAUCCGUAUACAACUCUCCCGUACUCGAUCUUCUCUUCCAUGGAGCUCAAGUUCACAGGCAUGCUCAUAACUUCCGAGAAGUACAACAGUGUACUCUCCUGUCUAUUAAAACAGGCGGAUGCAGUGAGGACUGUUCAUAUUGUCCUCAAUCCUCAAGGUAUGACACAGGACUAAAAGCCCAACGGCUAAUGAACAAGGAGGCUGUUCUUGAAGCUGCAAAGAAGGCAAAAGAGGCUGGUAGCACACGCUUUUGUAUGGGUGCUGCAUGGAGGGACACAAUAGGAAGAAAGAGCAACUUCAAUAAUAUCCUUGAUUAUGUAAAAGAAAUAAGGGAUAUGGGAAUGGAGGUUUGCUGCACCCUUGGUAUGCUGGAGAAAGAGCAGGCUGUUGAACUCAAGAAGGCAGGGCUUACUGCCUAUAAUCAUAAUCUUGAUACUUCACGGGAAUAUUAUCCAAAUAUCAUCACAACAAGGACUUAUGAUGAACGCUUGAAAACGCUUGAGUUUGUUCGUGAUGCAGGGAUUAAUGUUUGUAGUGGAGGAAUAAUUGGGCUUGGAGAAGCAGAGGAGGACCGUGUAGGUUUGUUACAUACAUUGGCAACACUUCCCACUCAUCCAGAAAGUGUUCCUAUCAAUGCACUUGUUGCAGUAAAAGGCACUCCUCUUCAGGAGCAGAAGCCUGUUGAAAUAUGGGAGAUGAUUCGCAUGAUUGCCACAGCGCGUAUUGUUAUGCCGAAAGCAAUGGUGAGGUUGUCAGCAGGCAGAGUUCGGUUCUCCAUGCCUGAGCAAGCACUGUGUUUUCUUGCUGGUGCCAAUUCUAUAUUCACAGGAGAGAAGCUUCUCACCACACCUAACAAUGAUUUUGAUGCUGAUCAACUCAUGUUCAAAGUUCUUGGACUCACUCCCAAAGCUCCCAGCUUUCAUGAAGAUGAAACCAGUGAGAUAGAUAAUUGUAAGGAAGCUGUCUCCUCCUAGUUGAGUUUAAGGACAAUCUAAGACGAUACAUACAUAAAAAAAAUUCUUACCACGUCCAAUUAUGCUGCUCAUAACUUCUUCUCUGGUGUUUGGAUUGCGCAGCUUGGGAGAGAUUCUUUCUCAAGCAUUUAAACUUAUCUCAUUGGCAAAACAAUCUCUUGUUUGGAUUGUGAGAAAGCAAUUUCCUCCAAGUCAAAUUAGCUUAUGGUUAACCGUACUGGCGUACGUCUUAAGAUGCAUUGGAUUCUCUUUUUC